AUGCUUUCUGUCCAGGAAUCGAUGCUCAAGUCACUUUUCCAUUCAGUGAUUUCUUCCGUGACGACUCGUGUUGACGAUCAAUUGAAGACGGUAACUGAAUUUAAAAAAAAGUCUCGAGUUUACUCAGAGGAAUCUCGAAAAUCUCGAUACAGUGGCGACUAAACUCGAAGACGCUGAGGGUGAAAUUGGCUCCCAUCAAAAGAAUCUUGAUGAACAAAGUUCUAAGAUGGAAUAUCUUGAAAACCAGAGCAGGAGGAACAAUAGUAGUCUAGAGUUUCAGGAAUAGCGGAAUCUGUUGAUGAAACGUGGGAGAUUGUUGAAGAGAAAGUCAAGAAAGCAAUCAUGGAGAAGCUUGAUAUGGAAGUCGAUAUUGAGCGAGAACAUAGAGUGGAAAGGAAAAAGAAACCAGAGGCAGCUAAAAAAUCGGGACAGCCCAGGACCAUUGUCUGUCGCCUGAAGAACUGGAAACAGAAGGAAGCGGUGGUUAGAAAGGCCAUGAAGGAGAAACCCGUGGGCUUAUUCAUUUGUGAAGAUCUAUCCGUCGCCACAUUGGAGAAACGAGCUAAUCAA